AUGGCGUUUCAAGCAGAACAGAAGAUCAAGUCAGACAUCCUGCGAGGUCUGAGCACAGAGCAGUUAUUCCAGUUGCUUUCCGAUUCGGAUGUCAAUGUGCUGAUGAAAACUUUGGGACUGCUCAGGAAUCUUUUAUCUACUCGCCCACACAUAGACCAUAUAAUGAGCACUCAUGGGAAGCAAAUCAUGCAAGCAGUGACCCUCAUUCUGGAAGGGGAGCACAAUAUAGAAGUCAAAGAGCAGACAUUAUGUAUACUUGCCAAUAUAGCAGAUGGAACGACAGCAAAAGAACUCAUUAUGACCAAUGAUGACAUCCUGCAGAAAAUCAAAUACUACAUGAGUCAUUCAAAUGCUAAACUUCAGCUUGCUGCCAUGUUCUGUAUAUCUAAUCUCAUAUGGAAUGAAGAGGAAGGUUCACAAGAACGCCAGGAUAAACUACGAGACAUGGGAAUUGUAGAUAUUCUACAUAAAUUGAGUCAGUCAUCAGAUCCCAAUCUGUGUGACAAGGCGAAGACAGCACUCCAGCAGUAUCUUGCAUGAUCAAAGACUGAUUGAAUCUAUGGACACCCCUCAUGUCUACUUAAGGAAUAGCAGGAGAUGUUCCUGACUCCUUAUAUUUGCACAAGUCACCUUGGGCUGCAUUCUUCUCAGGUGCAGGGAGCUGCUUUGCAGAAACAGUUUAAAUGAUCAGGUCUCCAGUGCACUUGAGAAUUUUCUUGAGGUAGUUUCUUUACUCAGAGGACUCCUGGGGGGUUGUUUUGGUUUGUUGUUUUGGUUUUUAUGUUUUGUUGUUUUGUUUUUUUUUUUUUUCCUGAGCUACCUGGACUUUCAGAUAGAACAAUCAGUCAUCAUUUUCCUUUUGGGCCUACAAUUUUCUGCUUUUGCUGCAGCCUGCGUGUGUGGAUAGGUGUGGGUGUGCUCGAGUGUGUGUGUGCUCAGGUGAAUGUGUGUGGGUGUGAUACCUCAAUUUUGUUUUUCCUUUUUUUUUUUUUGUGUGAAAAUCUUU